GAGCUUUGGGGAGGGGCUGUCAGAUAGCUAGCCCGGCCCCUCCAGCCUGGCGGAAACGACCCGCCCCCCCGAUCCCGGGACCUUCUAGCUCUGGGUAACGGUUCCUCCUUUGGGCCACUCUGUCCCUUUAGCUUGGGGGACCGUCCUCCCCUUCCCUAUCGGCCCCAGAAGAUAGCUGCCCUGUCAUCUCCGCGAGAACAGGCCCUCUGCCCAUCCCCUUCCCUUGAAGUGGCUGUCUCCUCCCCGCUCAGUUCUGGAAGAUGUCCGCUCCAUCUCAUCGUCCCGAAGGGUAACUGAUCUUAUCCCCAUUGGUCCCUUGGGAUGAUCUCUCCAUUUCCUACAGAGACGGCCGCCCCUUCUCCUUGGCAGUGGGAAACAGACUGCUCCCUCCCCAUCAACUGCAAUGAUCUCUGAGUUCCUUUAACAAGGAUAGGCCUGUUCCCCAUUCCUAGGCCCCUAGUGAUGGCCGCCCUUACCUCUUUCACUCCAUGGGAUGUUUGCUCCUUCCCCUUAGCCAGGGGCAAGACCACUCUGCCCCAUCUGCCAGGGAGAUAACAGGUUUUGUCUUCAGUGGCCUGUUGGAAUGGCUUCUCCAUCUCUUUUGUCCUGAGGGUUGGCAGCCCCCUCUCUCUGCCCAUGGGAAACAGGCCACCCUUUCCCAUCGGUCCUGGAAUGAUGCUCCUGUCCUUAGCAAAAACAGGCCUGUUCCCACCCCCAUUGAGCUUGCAGUGCUAUCCCUUUCCCCCUUAGCUUUAGGGGCUAUCUAUUUCCAUCCCCAUAGACCCCAUGAGUGACCAAUCAUUAUCUCCAGUAGCCCCCUUGAGAUGGGACUCAUGGGAUGGUCACUCCAUCCUCAUCACUGCCUCCUCUUGUCCCUCUAGAAAAGCCACCCUCUUCUUAGGUCAAUGAAUUGUGUCCCUCCCCGACUCACCCCAAGGGAUGACAGGUUUGUUCCCCUCUCCCUUUGCUCUUGGGCUGGCUGCUUAGCCCCAGAAGACAGGAUGGCCACUGUCUUAACUCAGCUCAAACAGGCUUCCCUGCUUCCCUGGAGGGAUUGGGACUUGGUCAGUCCCAGUCCCCAUCAAUACUGUCUUCCCUAUGCCUCCCUUCCUGGCCCAGAAGUCUAUUCUGCCAGUCAUUGUCUUCUCAGUAAUGACUACUUUAUUUCCCCGACCCCUUCCCUGAGCAUACUCUUGGUGAAAAUAGAGGUAGAGGACUGGACUGUCCAACCUUAAUUUAAUCCAGUAAGCACUGGCUGAGCACUGUGCCUGCAUGCUUGGCAUCUGAGAAGGGAAGGAGAGAUCACAAUGGGUUGGUGAAGUUAAGCUUCAAGAAGGGGAUCCCAGGGAAAAGGCCCGCAUAGGCAAAAGGAAAUAGACAUGCUGUGUGCGUAGGGCAAUGGGGAGACUGGACUGGGGAAGUUUGGGGACCAGCAAGUCCAAUCAGGCACAGAGGCCUGGCAGUGCUGAUCCAGGAGUGGAGACUGUCCUGAGAGUACUGUGAACCCUGAAGUUUUACAGCAGGGAUGCUCACAUAUAUUCUGAGCUUCCUGCCUCUGUCAGAUCAGAAAGAAGCCUCCCUCGUGAGUUGGGCUUGGUACCGUGCUGCCCAGAAUGCCCUUCGGGAGCAACCAGGCCUUACCUCUCUGGACCUCAGUGGCUGCUCAGAACUGACUGAUGGGGCGCUCUUGGCCGUGAGCCGGGGCCUGCGGCGCCUGAGCCUGGGGAAGCUGCAGCGGCUGACAGAUGCAGGAUGUACAGCUCUGGGUGGCCUGCAGGAGCUGCAGAGCCUCGACAUGGCCGAGUGCUGCCUGGUGAGAGGGCGGGAACUGGCCCAGGCCCUGGGCUCUAUGCACGGGGCUCCAUCCCAGCUGGCCUCCCUCAGCCUGGCCCACUGCUCUUCAUUGAAGUCACGCCCAGAGCUGGAGCAUCAGGCCUCAGGUACCAAGGAUGCCUGUCCAGAGCCACAGGGCCCCUCCCUGCUCAUGCUGCGAGCCCUGCAGGAGUUGGACCUCACAGCCUGCAGCAAGCUGACUGAUGCCAGUUUAGCCAAGGUGCUCCAGUUUCCCCAGCUGAGGCAGCUGUCCCUUAGCCUGUUGCCAGAAUUCACAGACAACGGCUUGGUCGCUGUGGCCAGGGGCUGUCCUAGCCUGGAGCACUUGGCGCUGAGUCACUGCAGCCGACUCAGUGACAAGGGCUGGGCCCAGGCAGCCAGCUCCUGGCCAAGGCUGCAGCAUCUCAACCUGUCCAGCUGCAGUCAGCUCAUAGAGCAGACACUGGAUGCUAUUGGGCAGGCGUGCAGGCAGCUCCGGGUGUUGGAUGUGGCCACGUGCCCUGGCAUCAACAUGGCCGCCGUCAGACGCUUCCAAGCCCAGCUGCCCCAGGUGUCCUGUGUCCAGUCCCGCUUCGUGGGAGGGGCUGACCUGACCCUAACACUCUGAGGCCGGGUCAGUAACCAGCCCUGCAGCACAGCCUCCUUGACUCCCCCAGUCUCCAACCCUGGCCUUGACCCGGGUUGCUUCUUGCCUCCCUCUACUGCAGACCCUCUAGGACUGGGGGUGGGGCCAAUCCAGGGCAGCCCAGAGGGAACAUCCUGCCACACCGCCUGGCAGUAGCCUCUUUCCAGCUACACGUCGCUGCCACAGGCCCCUGGAAAUGCUACCUACAUGUUGCCGCCACAGGCUCCUGCUCUCUGGCCAAGCCCUGGGUGGGAGGCCAGGCCCCCAGCGGGCAGGGUCUGGUGCUGGGAGGAGCAGAGCCUCUGCCUCUUGCCUGCCCUCCUCUCAGACCUAAGGCCGGGCUCCACCUACUCCUGUGGGACUCUCCCAGCACCCUGUGUGCACUGAGCUUCAGCAGCUGAGCCCAGGUCUGUGCUGUAAAUCCUAAGAUUAAACAUUCCAGAUAGUA